AUGACCAACUGGAGCAAUUGGCCCUGUAAUCAGGGCGCCGCCCAACAACAGCAACAACAACCGCCGCCGUCGCCUUCCCAGCCACGGAUGCCCCUCGACGGCAGCGUGGGCGCCCGGCGGGCGGACCGCAACGAUGCACUGGAAGUAAAGCUUAGACAAAUGAGGCUUCCACUGGCGCCUUUGGUCCAGUUAACGAGCGGGCAGAUCCAUCCCAGCUUCCCGCCAACGCUGCUCAACUUCUGGCUCCUCACGGACGCCCAGCUGGACGAGCUCGCGCACUUCUACCACCAGCGGACGCCGUGCCAGUGGACGAGGCACUACCCCUGCCCCAUAACCUGGCAGGAGGGGCUGAGCAUCGAGGAGAAGCGGAGGAAGAUCGGCAAGUUUAUCGGGCUUAGAGGGUGGAAUAAGUGCGAGACACCGUUACACGUCAAGAGCGAGGACGAGAUCAUCGAGGAAGCCAGACAAGCCCGGCUGAGAGAGGACGAAGAUGAGGCAGUCAGGAGAAAGAUACCGUGGUAUCGAUAG